UCAUGACCUCGAACCCGUCGCAAUCAUCAGAGACGCAGGCAGAUAACCAGACCACCGAGCAGCGCGUCGAGGAGAAUCCGCAGCGACCGGCAGCGGCAGCUGCAGCGACUGAGAAUGCCACUCGAGUGGAAAAUGCAACGCAGACACCCGGUCCUCAGGCGGCGGGGACGCAAGCUGGCGAGCCUCCAAUUGUUCACCUCCCACCAAAACGCAAGCCAUCGUUUACUGAGGAGGUAAUAGGAUAUGCCAAGGAGAUCCGGGGAACGAUAUUGCGGGAUGCGAAGACCAAGGAGGAAGGGGAGAAGAUUCUGAGGGGUGAGGAGGUAUACCCUCCCGCACGGAAAGAGUGAACGCGCGAAGUUGCCAGAUCAUGGAAUCGCAACCUGGUUAUGUGCACCUCCG